UUGCAUAGGAUAUAUUCCGACGCGAAUAGACUGAAGCUUCAUUCUAAGCUUUGCUGUUCGGAAAUCUACUUUCAUCGAAGCAAAGUUGACAAAAAUCUUGGAUUCAAAAUGAAGAUUCCGAUUCGACACAGUUUCAUCGGACUCAUACUGUUGAUGGAGGCUUGUUUAUUGAUAAAAGGAGAGCAAUGCUGGACGCCUAUGGUUUGCGACGAUCAACCUACUUGGAGAGAAAUUACGAAUGGACAGUGCACGAAAGAAGAAGAGAAGGCUUUGGAAGCUUUAACGGAACAAUUAGACGGGAUGAAAACUAAGUUCUAUCAAUUAAAAAAGACUAUGGAAAAAUUAAAGACGAACUCCGUGCCACCCUCUGUUGUAGGUGUAAGAAGAAACGACCGCAAAGAAACGACCACGCCCCAGGUUACAGUACUUACCUGCCCAGCACCUAAAGCUCCAGACAACGGGACUGUAGACACUACGACCGCACCUGACUUCGAGUUUGGUCAGACUAUCAGAUAUUCAUGCAAUGCUGGAUACGUUCUUCAAGGAUCAAACAUAGGAAAAUGCAAUGAAAAAGGAACAUGGGGGGACGUGGCGACUUGCGUAGAUGUUUUCACAUGUGAUUUUGAGUCUUCAAUCAACCCAACAUGCGGCUACACCAGAGUUAAUGGAACAUUUCAGAGAGAAUACAGAGUUAAAGACUUUACAGGUCAUGUUCUUGCUGGUACUGGUACAAUCAGAUCCUUACCCAAGGCUUUGGCUAACAACGAGGAAGUAUGCAUGAGUGUCGCCAUAAAAGGGACAUCUGAUGGAGAACUGGUGGCCAAAGCUAACAAUGGAACUGUAACGGAAGCAAUCUGGCCGUUUUCUGCUUCGACUACCUGGAAGACCGAGAAAUUCAUUUUAAAGAAAAAAAACUCUGCAGAUACCGAGGUCCAACUUGAGCUUGUGGCAUCCGGGAAUGUAGAGUUAGACAACAUAACAACUUUGAACUCUUCCGAAUGUUAUGGUCUAGCUACACCAUGUACGAAGCGAAAUCUAGAGAAUGCAACAAUUUCUCCUGAGCAAGAAUUGUACAGUAAAGAUCAGGAGGUCAGUUACUCUUGCAGCAAUGAUUCCAUUUUGGAAGGGGAACACAUGGGAACAUGCAAGGCUGACGGUUCAUGGUCCACAACACCAGCGUGCACAAAAUGCGGUGUUGUCUAUAAUUCGAAGUGUUUUCGAGCGAUCGUUUAUGACGUGAAAAACGUCACAUUCAGCGUCGCUAAAUCUCUUUGCAAAAACAAACUUGCUAACAUUUAUGACGUCACACACUUCAAUCUGGUUCGAGAUUAUUUACGAUCAAUGAUUCCUGAUGGAGAGUCAUUGAUUUUUGUUUGUACGGGAAUGAGUUACGAGAACAGUCAGCUGUAUUCAACGACAGGCCAAGCUAUGUCUCUGCCAACUGAGGUUUGGCGUUCUGAUUAUCCGAUUUCCCAAGAAUCGUGGACAACUGUUGCUGUUCGUGUCCAUCGAAAACCGGAAUACAAAUAUCAAGGGAUUUAUAAUUAUGCCCCUACCUAUGGAUAUUUCGGAGCCAUCUGUGAAAAUGAAUUAUAACUCUGUCCAUUGAAUAAUUCAUAAUCAAAACCUGUAUAAAUACUUGAGUUAUGAGUAUUUGUUAUUCACCCUGGUAACCUAAUCAAAACAUACUAUUUCCACAAUUGAACAAGCCAAUGCUCUUGUAUUCCCAAAUAUUCAUUAGCCCCGCUUGCAGCCUAAUGUACACCCGAACUUACUAUGUCCACGGCCAACAGUUGAACGAGCAUAUGAAGUAAAUAAAACCGGCAUGCGGUAUAUAACCCUCAUAUUGGAUUCAGUUGAGGUGUAGGGUAACUACUUAUAAUUCGUAUAAUUUGUAUAAUUUAUCGAUACUUUUAUUUGAUGAAUGCCUUUAAAACGUCACGAUGAUGGAGCUUUUUGAAUUUAUAAGGAAGUUUCGAAUUAUAUUGAUAGUUAAAAAAGCUGAAAAAUAAUUUGAAAUUUCACUGUCACUUGAACAAAAUGUUAAAAAUUUAACAAAAUCAAUAACAGCAUUGUAUUGUCUUUCAAAAUAAAUAAGUUUUAUAUUUUGUAACUCAAACAUAGCAAGAAAUUUCAUUUUUUUUCGCUUUUCCUUUUUCUUGUAUGUGAAUUAUUGUGAUAUACAAUUUUUUCAUCAACUUUGC